GGUAUGUUUUGGGAAAAGGUUUUGAAUUAAAAUGAAGAUUAAUAACAAGUUGAGGGCCCAAAAUAUUAUUAUCCCGUGCCCGCCAUCAGACAAAAUAAACCUUAUUUUAUUUUAUUUUUUCCUGCUCAAACUUCAAAGUCUACACUGUCUUCAUCUCUCUCUCUCCGUCUCUGUGAUUUGCUUCUUCGAACUUUAAAAAUGGCGAUGUGGGGCCCCAUAAAAGUUGACUCGAAGGUGAGUUCAAGAGUAAAGUGGGAAGCUUUCCGUCUCCUCCUUCUUCUCCAGACCGGAGAAAGAACGGAAGAAAAGCUUCGAUCCCCACUGACAAUCCUGCUCCAAGCUUUCUUCUGUUAGAGCUCCGGGCACGGCAAUGUACGAUAAUGUCUUCUGGUGGGCCUUCUUUGCCCUUCUCUUCACAGCUGCAUCAGUUCUCCUCUCUGCUAUCUUCUUCCCUGUUUUCUCUUCAAGCAAAACCCUUAGGGUUAGGACUAGGGAGGGCCCAGAACCUGCUGCCAGCGGUCCCACACCGAGAGGGACGGAUCCCGGCGUCCAUCCGCAGGGGUUCGAUUACGAGGUGUUCCUGAGCUUCAGGGGAUCAGACACUCGCAAGGGGUUCACCGAUUUCCUCUAUAGCAGCCUUAAAGAUGCUGGGGUCCACGUGUUCAGGGAUGACGAGGAGCUCCGGGUUGGGGAAGAGAUCGGACCCGAGCUUCUUGAGGGCAUCAGGAAUUCGAAGAUCUCGAUUCCGAUAUUCUCCAAGGAUUACGCUUCGAGCAAAUGGUGCCUCAAGGAGCUGGCUUUUAUGGUGGAGUGUCGGAGAGCAAGAGGGCAAUUGGUGAUGCCAGUAUUCUACGACGUCACCCCGAAUGAAGUCCGUCACCGAGCAGGGACCUAUAAAAGAUCGUUCUCGCAGCAUGCGAGGAAGUAUGAUCCGCUAGUCGUUCAGCAGUGGGGGGACGCUCUCGCUGAGAUUGGAGCCUUAAAGGGUUGGGAGUUGAAGAACAUCGCCAAUGGACACCAAGGGGAACUAGUGAAAUCAGUGGUUGCCAAGGUCUUGAAAGAAUUGAAGAAAGCUUAUCUUAUUGUGCCUGAUAGCAUAGUUGGAAUAGACGAUCAUGUAGAAGCAAUUACGAGAUUGCUAGAGGUUGAUGCCAGCGAUGUACGAAUUGUUGGGAUACAUGGCGUGGCAGGUGUUGGUAAGACAACCAUCGCCAAGGUCGUCUAUAAUCAGCUGUUGGAUCGCUUUGAGAGUUGUAGCUUCCUCAAAGACAUCCGAGAAACAGCACUUCAACACAAGGGUCUUGAAUAUUUGCAAAGCCUACUGAUCUCUAAGAUCUUAAGGUGUGAGGGACAGGACUUAACUAGUAUCGACGAAGGAACUUAUGAGCUGAAGCACAGGUUACGUACGAAGAAAGUCCUUAUUCUUCUCGAUGACGUUGAUAGGAGGAAUCAACUAAAUGCACUUGCAGUGGAACUUGAUUGGUUUGGUCCGGGAAGCAGAAUUAUUGUAACAACUAGAGACAGAGAUGUUCUGAACACAUCUCAAGUGGUUGCGGCUUAUGAAGUCAGAGAACUGCAGCCUCAUCAAGCUUUUCUUCUUUUCUGCAAGCAUGCCUUUAGAAAUGACUUGCCCCCGACUGACUUUGUUGAUAUAUCGUAUAAUAUCGUGGAGACAACUGGUGGACUACCUUUAGCACUCGAGGUCAUAGGUUCUUUUCUAGCUGGAAAACGCAUGGUAGUGUGGGAAGACACUUUAAAGAAGUUGAAAAGUGUACCUCAUACGGAAGUCCAAGCAAAAUUGAAGAUCAUCUAUAAGCAUUAGAUUAUGACCAGAAACAAAUAUUCCUCGACAUUGCUUGUCUUUUUCAUUGGAAGCGAUGUAAGGAUUGAAGUUCACAUAUGGGAAGAUUGUGAGUUCUUCCCAGAUGUUGGACCGGAAGUCCUUCGUCUAAUGUCUCUCUUUAAAACAGGAGAUAAGCCAUGAGCUAUGGAUGCAUGAUCAGCUCAGAGACCUUGGGAGAGAUCGUUUGUCAAGAAACCUACAACUAGCGGGGGGAAGCGAAGCAGUUUAUGGCACACUGAAGAAGCAAUUGUUGUAUUUUAUUGGCAAGUGGGUUCAAUGAAUGUCGAAGCUGUUUGUUUGGCUUUGGGGAUUAAAUUGGUCAACUACUGCUUCGGAAAUCAAGAGUUCAUAAACUUAUCCGAUCUGAGGUUCCUUCAGUUGGGUUCUGCCAAUCUUGCCAGUGAUUUUCACCGUCUCCUGUCAAAGUUGAGAUGGCUAAGUUGGUUGAUAAGAAGCUCGGAAGUUCAGCCAGCUUAAGAGAGGAUUGGAGCUGCUCGAUCUGAACUAAGAUGUCGAUGAAGUUGAAAGUGCUCAACCUCAUGGGUUGCCGAGAUCUCCGAUGAACUCUGGAUUUCUCUGUUUUUUCCAGUGUUAGAGCAAUUGAUUCUCGAAGACUGCAGAAGUUUGGUUGCGGUUGACCCAUCAAUUGGACACCUCAAGCAUCGAUUUCCCUUAAACCUGAGGAAUUGCUUGAAACUCAAGAAGCUGCCAGAACAGUUGAGUUCCAUGAGAGUGUUGACUGAGCUUCCCGAUUUGAUCAGCCGCCAUGAGAAAGCUUGAAACUCUCUUUGGCAGAGGGCGCAAGAACUUGACUCAGCUUCCCGAUUCAAUCAGCCACUUCACUUCUCUUGAAGAUCUCGUGUUGGAUUGCGGUAGUAUAACCAAACUUCCAGACUCCAACGGCCCUUUAAGUUCAUUGACUGAGCUGAGCUUAUCAAAUACGACAAUUCGAAGGUUGCCCGAUUCUGUCGGAAACUUGAGCAGUUUGGAAGUUUGUGGAGGAGUUCCCUGUUACUCUUUGGAUGCUGGAGAAGCUUAAAUUAACAAAUGCAUCCAAGUGUAAGAAAUUGAAAGGGAUCAUUCCGACGAACUUCAGAGGCUGUCAUUGUUGAAGCUCUUGACGUUAAACCACACACGAUUCGAUAGCCUUCCAAUAAACAUUAGCAGGCUUUCCUAUCUAAUGAGUCUCAAUUUAACGGGAUGCAAGAGGCUCCAGACUCUCCCAGAGCUUCCGCAUGCUCUAAUUUGUCUGCAGAUUACCUGUAAAUCAAUGGUUUCCUUUCUCCCUCGUCUUACUAAUUUAAAGGAACUUUGUUUCUGGAAACGUUAUAAACACGAGCAAGUUCCUCCUGACAUUGGGAGCCUGUCAAAGUUGGAGAAGUUGGUAAUCUCAAUGAUAUGCGUUAGCACAUUACCACAAGAGGUCUACCCUUUCUCAACUCAAAUAACUCUCUAUUCAGGAUUGCAUUGAAGUUCUUUGCCUUCCUGUGCUUCCAGUGGGACUCUAUAAGCUGAAUGUUUCAGACUGUUACUCGUUUCAGACGCCGCCAGAUCUUUCAAACUUAGAGAAAUUAUCGGAAUUAAGGCUGUGUGGUAAAAAAUGCUCUUAGCAGGGAGGGGUGAAGAGGAGACAGUUUUAAUGUGGAUACUGCCAUGCAUUACCGACUAGAUUCACAUUUUCAAUUGAUCGGUGAAAGAGAUUGUGUAAGAAUUUGGAAUUUCGCUCGAACUAUAAGCUGGACGCUGCAACUUUAGCGAGAGAAAACUAAAAGAAGAUACUUGAAAAAUUGGGAACUUUUGGACAUCGCAAAUCACAGAAUGCCAUCCUUCUUCCAUUGUUGGAGUGGCUGUUCGGGCUGCCUGCAGAAGCCGUGUCACCUUCAGAUAUGCUAUCCUAUUUUAUUUUUCUUCUGUUCCUCUUUAUCCUUCCCAUAUGUUGUUUGGAUUGUUCUGUGAUAUUGUUAUAAUAUUUUAAAUUUUGAAAAA